AUGGGGCCUGAUGACAACUGGCUCCAGCUUAUGCUGGACAUAACGCCCGCACAAUGUGGACCGACGAGACUGCGGCACCGGGCAGAUAAUGCGUUUAUGGUGACUAUGGGUGCAAGGAUCAUCCAGAUGCAGUCCGGGUUCGCAAUGUUGGAAUCCGCGUAUGUUCAGCCGAAUGGGUCUGCCAAUAUCAUGAUGAAGAACAUGAUGGACCUAUUUGUAGGUGCAGUCGCGUACCUCUUGUGGGGUUACGAGAUUGCCCACGGGACCACACACGCCACGUCCUUCAUGGAUCCAGGUUUGGACUUUUCUCAUUGGUUUUGCAGUUUCUCAUAUGCGACCACGUCGGCGACAAUCGACAGUGGAGCGCUGGCAGGGAGGAUUUCCUUCUGGGCCUAUGUUAUCCUGUCCACCGUCAUGACAGGCUUCACAUAUCCAUUGGCAGCUCGAUGGUGCUGGAGUGGCGGGUGGCUGCAACAGAUGGGCUUCGUUGACUUCGCAGGAUCUGCAGUAGUCCACAUGAUCGGAGCGGUUAGUGCCCUCGUGGCGGCCUGUUUCUGCGGUCCUCGCAUCGGCCGUUUUCCAGAUUACCGAUGCUGGCGGGGCCUUGGCCGACACUUCUUCAUGGAGAGGUACGACUCCGAGUACUACCAGGUUCCGAAGGAGCCGACAGAGAAAAACCUCUUCCGGCCGUUUGUCAAAUGCCGCCAUCCUGUCCAACUGCUUUUUGGUACCUGGCUGCUUCUGGUUGGGUUCCUGGCCUUCAAUCCAGCCUCCACCUUGGCAGUGACGCAGGACUCGGACUUGGUGAUUGCACGUUCCUCCGUGUGCACAUUGCUUGCAGCUGCUGGUGGUGGUCUUGGCGGCAUGCUUUGGUCCAUGGCCACAACUAGAAGCAGUGUGGUACUGGUUCCAGAGGUCAGCAAUGCUGUCAUAGCUGCGCUGGUGGCCAGCUGCGCUUGCUGCAACAUCGUCUCGCCGGUCAUUGCGAUGUUUGUUGGAUUUGUCGGAGCAGUGCUUGCCCUGCUUUGUGAAGAACUUCUGAUUCGGUUGCACAUCGAUGAUCCUGUUGGGGCCGUAUCGGUGCACGGACCUCCUGGGGUGUGGGGAGCCCUGGCCGUGGCAUUCUUUGCCGAGCCGAACUGCCAAAGUGACUUGCGCGGUUUGUUUUUCGGCGCUGGGGAAGCCGGCUGGGAGCUGCUGGCCGUCCAGCUUUUUGGUGUAAUUGCCAUGGCCGCCAUGUCAGCUGCUGUCACCUACAUCACCGUGCUUAUUCUCGACCGCUCCGUUGGCUUUCGUUGCAGCCGCGCUUGCGAGCUGAUCGGGCUGGACUUUUGGGAGCACCAAUUCGACGAUGGGAGCGUGGCCGGUGACAACCCAAUGAAGAGGAUGUCGAGUUUCCGCAAGACUUUCCACAGAGCAUCUUCCUGCUGCUAUUGUGGCGGCGCUCCAGAAGUGGAAGAAGACUCCCCCGAGCCGCCUGGGUCCACGAGCACACCAUCCAAGGCAGUUGCCAGUGCUUCGGCGGAUUUGGAUCACAUGGAGAUGUCAGUGAAGAUCCGAGCAUUGGAAGCCAAGAUCGAGCAGCUGACCAUGGCUUUGCAGGCAGGAGUUACCUCGGAGGAUGUCUUCGGUGGGGAUAUCUCCCAGUCCUUCCGUGCGGCGUGCAUCAACGCAUACGUGGACAAGAUGACAGAAGGGCCAUCGAACUCCCACCGCACUCACCGCGCUGGCCAGGCUGACCGCACUGACCAGGGCCAUCAAUGCGUGCCCGCUGAAACAGCCACGGCUAUGUGCGAUACACACGAGGGGAGGGUUUAA